AUGCAGAUGAAAUGUUUACAAUAUUGGCCCGAGGAGUUGAACGGUGUGAGCAAGUACGGGCGAAUUGAGGUCAAACAAAGGUGUUCCCGAGCCUGGUGUCUUGUAGAAUUCUGGAGAGCGGUAGAUACUCAGAAAGAGCACAUUUCACCCAUUCUGGUUCACUGCAGCGCUGGUGUUGGGCGAACAGGAACAUUUAUUGCUCUCGACAAUCUUAUUUCACAAGCACAAAUUGAAAACUGUGUCAGACCAUUCCAGAUUGUUGAAGCGUUGCGCGAACAAAGGGUUAGCAUGGUCCAAACAAAGGAACAAUACACCUAUCUACAUGAGGCCCUGGCUGAAGCUCUUUUGGUUGGGACACAUCACGUGGUGACCCGACAGUUCGAAAGUGUCCACCAGUUCAUGAUUGGAAAAGACAGAAAUUUGACAACUACACGACUGGAAAAACUGUUCGAAAAACUUAUGUUUCUUGGCUUUUUUAAAUAG